AUGGACGACGACGGGGCCGAGCGUGCGAUGACGCACGCGCGGUCGUCGACGCGAGAGGCGUCCGUCGGGCUCGAGCGAGCGAGGGAGGCGAUUUGGAAGAUGUUGAACGAUGGUGACAGCGACUCGGGCUCGGCGUUCGAUGACUCGUUUUUAGACGACGAUGACGACGGGAGUGUGGCCGUGACGGCGAGAGCGUCGGUGCCGCUGACCCCGGUGGGGGCGUCGAUCGAUGCGCGGGCGAAAGAGCUGGAGGCGCGUGGGUUAGCGCUGGCGAGGAGGUUGGAGUUGACGUCGCCGAGCGGGACGCCGGAUCGAGCGCCGACGCGAGAGGGGGGACUGGGGACGGAGGCGUUGGAGCGGGCGAUUGCGGAGCGAGAUUUGGAGAUUUAUCGUCGGGAUGAGGAGUUACGGGCGCUGCGAGAGAGUGUUGGGGCGCUCAGAUCGGCGGAUGAAGAGCGCGAGGCGGACGCGUCGCGAGCGCAAAUGGAGGACGCGGAGAGACGCGCGCGGGAGGCACAGGCGGGUGCGCGGGCGAUGCGAGAGGCUUUGAGAGACGUGGAGACAAAACACGCUCGAGAGCGGGCGAGACUCCUGGAUGAGCUCCGCGAUGUGCGCGCCGCGGCGUCGGCGUACGCGAUGGAGCUGAAAUCGCUCACAUCCGAACGUGCUCGCACGAACGCGAAUUCAAGUUUCGUCGACGCAUCGACGCAACGGGAGCUCGAGGCGACGAGAAAAAGAGCGGACGUUGCCGAGGCGUUCGCCACAAAUUUGGAGCGCAUGCUUCAAGAAAAGUCGGAGGAGCUUUUUGAGACGACGCAAGAGCGUGACGAUUUGCGCCGAAGGCUCAAGGCGACGAGCGACACAAUCGAUUCUCUCGAGCGUGAGUGGCUGGAGGUCAGCCGGCAAAACGCAAGCGCACAAAGUGCGCUGAAAGAAGAAAAUGAAGAGCUUCACCGCGUGAUCGAUGAUCUGAAAUCGGCCGAAAAACGUGGGUUCGCCGAGGCUGAGGCUGAAAACGAGGCGCUUCGAGCGCGUUUGCACGCCCAAAACAGUGGCAGUCGUAGCAUCGAUCGGAACCUCGCUCGAGAGUCCAUCGCUUCAUUACGGUCGAACGUGCGCGAACUCAAGGAGGAUAUCGAUCGAAAAGACGCGGAGCUCGGGGAGCUCCGCGGAGUCAUUGAGCGUAAAUCCAUCGUCGAGGCCAUCAAUGCGGAGAAGGACGCUGUCAUCACCGCUUUGCAGGCGCAAAUUAACGCCCGCGCGGCCACGGAGAACACGCAAACGGUGGGUAAACGGAUUAUCAGCGACGCAUCGAGCGACGCCGAGCUCGACGCUUUCAAAGAACUUCAGACAGUAGCCGAAGCACUUCGUCGAGAGAACGACGCGCUCCGAACCGAGAUCGAAGAUAUCGACGCCGACGGUGUCUUCGCGGAGUGUCUCACGCUUAGUCGGCGCGUGCGCGCGCAAGAUUCUCUCUUGACUUCGUAUGAGGAACGACUCAUUCGGUACACCGAGCAACUGGGCAUCCCGUUCAGUCCGGAACGGCGUCCGUAG